AUGUUGAGAAAUUACCUUGAUCUUCCAGAAAUUUACACACAACUCUAUUUCAAUCAGUAUACAAUUUUGUUACUUCUCAUAUUAAUCAAAUUGAUCAUAUUGAGAAACUCACUAAUCAAUGCAAUAUCCAAGCAAUUGAUCGACGAUUCAGUAUGUGACGAGAACAAUAUUCAACAAGUCUUGAAUGCGGUUCAUCGUACAAUAAUGGAUGGCGUUGACAAAUUGAAAUAUUCAGGUAUCGUAUCUAUCGUGCUCAUCAUUAAAACCAUUCGAGUAUUAACGGUUUUUUUCAUUGAUUUGUUCUUGGGGACCUAUAUUUGUCUUCUUAGAGCUUUAGUCAAGGGAACUACAGAAUUUGCGUUUGAUGCGACGGAAUCAGUAAUACAAGCAGUGAAUGUCACUAUUGUUGAGGCAACAAACCAAAUAGAAGAAGGACUACAAGGAUUAUCGAAAUUCAUCAAUGAUUUAGGCACUGGGGUUGAUGCUAUAUCGCAAAUAUUCACAGGUGGUGGUGGUGAUACAUCAAACGCAAACCAAUACGAGGACAAAAUCAAUUUGACUCUAGGUAACUUGAAGAAUAAAAUAAUGAUACCUGGUUCGGUAUUGACUGAAAUCGAACAAGCUAAAAAUGUAAGCAUGAAGGAAUUGAACGAUUUGAAUAAUCAUACGCAAACACUCAUUGAAACACCUUUUAACGUGAUUAUUAAGAAUCUCGAUGCUAUCAAAUUUACCAACUCGUCAAGUAACUCAUCAAUUAACCCACUAAAUGUAAAAGGUACUUGCAUGGAAGCAGUAAACGUUGUUAAGGACUCCCAAAAUGUUUUAGUGAAAACAGUAGAGAUUACAAGCCAAUGGCUUUUUAUUGCUUUAGCUUGUAUUAUCUUAGUGUCGCUAUUAUAUGUCUUGUAUACUGAACUGUGCCAUUGGAAGCGUGAAACUAGAUUCAUUAUGGAGAAGGAUCUUGAUGCUGGCGAAGUAGGUUUUCGUAAUCAGCAAAAUAUAUAUAACAAUCCCGUGCUUUAUAUCGUGGUCAAGAGGUGCGGAAUACAGCUAAAUGAACGUUCUAUUUGGAUCUUAAGUUACAUGUCGAGUAGGUUGGCCAAUAUCGUUCUCAUCUUUGGAUUAAUGGGUAUUAUCUCGGUUAUUUUACAGGUUUUGUUGAUCCAUUUUCUUAAACAAUCAAUAAAUGGCGAAAUCACUAAAAUGGAUAGUGGUACUAAUAACUCUGCUACAUCAAAGGUGGUUGUUUCUUAUAUCGCGUCAAUGAAUAACUACAUGAAUACCACUGAAGCUAAUUUGAAUAGUGAGCUAUUUGGAGAAAUCAAAAGUACUUCAAUAAAGAUAAACAGUACAAUUUCGGAGUUCCUAGAUAACUUGAGCACAGCCAUUCAAAGUAUAUUUGGAACGACUGUGCUUGCUCUGGCAUUGGAUACUAUUGUUUACUGUACAAUUGGCCGCAAAUUGGAAAAAGUGGAAGAAGGGUGUACUUGGCUAGUUGAUAAUUUACAAAUCCAAAUCCCAUCUAUACCACCAGAUGUACAAAAAAGCAUUGAAAGUGUAAGUUUUAUGCAACCUCAAAGUAUUAUGUCCAAAUUAAACUCCAUGAUUGCAGUUUAUAAGGAUUCAAUACGAUUAGAGUUGAUCAUCAGUCUUGCAUUCAUAGCAGCGUGGUUAUUACAACUCAUUAUUGGCUUAGUAAUACUAUAUACCCGACAGCGUAAAGAUGCCCAAUUUACACCGUUUGGCACAAAAAAAGCACUUAAAAUUGGUUGUCCUCAGCCAUUGAAUGAGAAGGAAAAGCAGCUAUACGAGUAUCCGUUAUCUGAACCACCCGCGGGAGGGUACGUGCAAACAUCAUCAAGUUAUUACCCACUGCCGCCAUAA